AUGAAUAAACCAAUUGAAACAAGAGAAGUUUAUCGAGAUGGUCCAGGAUUUGCACCAAAUCAAUAUGUUGUUUUUGUCUCAAGUGUGAAUGAACAUGGUUGCUUAUCAGGUAGAACAUUGGCUUAUGCUGGUGCAUGUGAAACGCACCCUACAACUGACAGACCAAUUAUGGGAAUGAUCAACUUCUGUCCAGAAAAGAUGGAAAUAGAAGAACCAGGAAGAACUAUGAUGCUUGGUACAGCUACUCAUGAAAUGGCUCAUGCUUUGGGAUUCUCUAAGUCGAAUUACGCUUUGAUGCGUGAUCGAGACGGCAGACCAUUAACACCAAGAGAUCCCAGAACAGGUAAACCACCAUUGAAUCCUCAAAGGCAGUAUGAUCCCAGGUGACUUAUUGUUUUGUGAUUCUAGUUUUAUCCUAACUCUUU